UGUACACAGAGCUCAGACUGAAGAUGAUGACAUGGGUGUGGAUUACAGUGGUGCUUUUUAAUAAAAUUGUUUCUGCAAAGGAAAAUAGCAUCAAUCAACUAAACUUAAUAAUCACUGCUGAUGUUGGUGAUAACACAACUCUGCACUGCUUUAGCCUAAAAGAUGGUCUGAGUCAACCCUUUGUUUCGUGCAAGCAAAAAGUAGGACAUGAGCCUCGUGUAAUGCUCACAGUACUCCAUCAAUCCAGUAAUAAAGAUCAGUCCAAGUCACUGAAUUCAUGUAUCAAGAAAAAAAAAAAGAGCUGCCAUUUGAAAAUUGCCAAAGUGGAACCAUCGGAUGAAGCCAUGUAUUACUGUGGACUUAAAAAUCUUUUAACAAGGUUUGGAAAUGGAAAUUUUUUAUCAGUGAAAGGUGAUGGAGAUAUAAAAGUGUCAGUGACCCAGAGCGGCGUGUUGGACUCGGUUCCUGCAGGAGCGUCAGUGACUCUGCAGUGCUCGGUUCUCUCUGAGAGCAGAGCAGCAGAACACCAAGUGCUCUGGUUCAGAGCUGCUUCACCACAAUCCCAUCCUCAAAUCAUUUACACUCAUCACAACAGCAGCCGUCAGUGUGAGAGCGGCUCUUCUACACACACCUGUGUGUACAACUUCUCCAAGAACAUCCUCAGCAUCAAUGAUACUGGAACUUACUACUGCGCUGUGGCCGUGUGUGGGAAGAUCAUUUUUGGGAACGGGACUCGAGUACAGUUGGUCGAGUCUGUGGAUCCUGUAGUGAUCUGCCUCGCUGUAGCUUUAGGAGUGUGUGCGGUUGUGAACUUCAUUCAAGCUCUUUUACUCUGCAAAUGUAGAAACCAUGACCAACUUAUAAAGAGACAAAGCAUUGAGAGACGAACAGAAAGAACAAGCACUCAGGACCAUGAUGCUGUGGAGAUGAAUUACACUGCAUUAUAUUUCAAUGAAAGGAAAACCACAAAAAAGAGAGAACAAAAAGAACAAUCGGAAGACACUGUGUAUUCUGAAGUCAGAUCUCUGGCCCUCACUUAGAUCGCACAUCAUCAGUAAUUAACUUCAUUAACUCAAAUUUUUACUUGUUUUGAGUCUGUUCAGGAAUAACGUUUAUACUAGU